AUGCCGAUUUGCAUUAAUACAGCCGUCAACUUCAGCCCCGAGCGGGACAUCCCCAGCUUCGGGGGUCAAGUCAUUUUGAUCACCGGCGCAAAUUCGGGUCUUGAGAAACAGUGCGUCUUAGAAUUUUCUCUACACAAGCCAGCAAAGAUACUCCUCACCGCGCGAAGCCUCGACAGGGCCCAAGCUGCCGCAGACGAGAUCAAGCAGCAAAUUCCCGGCGCACCCAUCAAACUGCUUGAACUUGACCUCGGAUCUUUCGAUUCUAUCAAAAAAGCCGCGACUGCUGUGCUCUCGGAAACAGAACGCCUUGAUAUCUUGAUGGAUGUGCUGAACGCUGGCAUCAUGGCAAUACCACCAGGGCUGACCACCGAGGGCUAUGAAAAGACCGCAGAGCGAGAUGCCAAUCCUGACGUUCGAGUCAUCUCAUUGUCUUCUCAUGGUCAUGCCUAUACCUCCAAGGGGAGGAUUCGGUAUAACAAUCUCAAGACAGAGGCAGAGCCGCUAGGUCCUCAGGAGCGCUACUCUCAAAGCAAGCUGGCAAAUUACUCGGAACUCAAAGUCACAGCUGUUCAUCCUGGCGUCGUCAGCACCAACUUGGCGGCUAGCACGACUAGGUCACCGAAAGCUAUGCAGUACUUGAUGCAAUUUGCGAAUCGGUGGCUCGUCUAUUCCGUAGAAAAGCGCGCAAGGACCGAACUCUGGGCGUCUGUCUCGAGAAAAGUCGAGAGUGGAGAGUACUACAAGCUUGUUGGAGUUUCGGGAUUUGCGAGCGAGGACGGACAGGAUGAUGAACAGGCUAUGAAGCUCUGGGAGUGGACUCAAACAGAGCUCCAGGCGCAUGGCGCUCGAUAG